AUGAAAGAGAUCCGGCUGGGGCCUGCCCCGUCCAUCAGAUGCGUGGAUUCUCCGCACGCCGGUGGUGUGCUCUAUUUGGUCUCCCCAGAAUCUCGCGGUGACGUCACAACCCAGUCAGAAAUGAAACAAGGGCAACAAUCCUGCUCGUCCAGCCUGCUUCGCCAGUCACAAACAUGCUUCACACAGCUAGCCGAGGCAGUCAACGCGGGAGCGAACUCAGGCCCUCUGGCGGGAUCAGGGGGAAUGACUCUAGACUACAGCCAGAUCAAAGCCUACUGUGAAAGGUUCUGCAACAGCCAGGGAAUCCGGUGUGAACUCAAGGGGACAUUUAUAUGUAACACCACACUUCUGGAGAAAGGAUCUGCCUCUUUAGAAGGCGAAGGAGCUCAGGCAGAGGAGCAUGGUGGCACCAGGAGUGACGGCCAUCUUAUCCGCUUCGUGUCGUGCCUGGAGGAACUAGAGAGUCUGUGUGAUGGCAACAGUUCUAGUGACAACGUCCUGAGCCGACUGGUCAGUGCAGAGAGGGUUAAGGAAGCCGUACCAACUUUGUGCAAACAUCAGGACGGUAUAUUCUUUAACGAUCUGGCGGAGUGUCAGAGAAAUGCCGUGAGCAGUGAGUGCGGGGAGAACCUAGGAGACCUGCACGCCGACUUCCUGCUCUCCUUCGUGCCCACUUCCUGCACAGACACGUCCGAUCCGAACCUGGAGGGCCUGGUCGGCCAGAAAGAGGAUACCGCGGAGGAUUCUGGGUUAGGUCCAGCGCCCAGCGACACUCAGAAUGACGCUCAAGUGAAGGAAGUUCUCACGUCACGUGACAGGACCGAGUCCACAACGAGGCCGGAGCUCAGGUCGACGACUGAAGAGAACAGCGGGCACAAACUAUCACACGACUUUUAUUUGGCUGCUGUCAUAGCAACGCUGUGUUACAUUGUAUCUGUUUAUAAUCUUGCGACUUUAGUUGCCAUCAUCGUUGCCUCUGUUAUCGGCGGCCUCAUUAUCAUCCUCCUCAUCGCCCUGUGCAUCUACUGCUGCAUGCGCAACAGGGACGGGCGGGACGAGUAUGAAGACAACAAGAAGAUGCGAAGAGAGGAGGACGAGUACGGGGAUAAGAAUGUACUCACCCAGACCUACAGGGGAGAUGCUGACAAAGCCGUGCUUACAGAUCUAGAGUCCGGUAACUACUCGCGGGAGGAGAAGCGGAGAAACCCCUUGACUGUUUUCGUCACUAACAAAGUCCAGCCCAGGAAGACAGAGUGGGAUUACUCAGGUCACAGAAAGGAGUUGUACGGUGUAAAGACCGUCUCCACACAGACAGGAGAUCACGAAUCAGAGCCAGGAGACAUUCUCAUCUGGUCUAGGGGGCGAUGGUUCCCUGUCAGGGUGCCUAAAAACGCCGUAAAGGGAAACAAGAACAAGCGAGAUGCUAAAGUCGGGACAAGCGACAAGCCGUCAAACAUCGAGGUGACGAAGACAGUCCGAGAAGACAGACGGCCGAUACCCCAAAACGCUGGUGUGCCUUCUGACAUCGAUGACGUAUUCAACUCGAAAGACAAGUCCAUCCAGACGCCGGCGCCGACGGCACCACCCACCAUCAGUCGAUGGAACAGCAGCAGUAACAUCUACACCCGUCGCGACUCGCUCAGAGACUCCAGUGACGACGAGCUAGCCAAACUCUCCUACGCCACGCCCCGACCCACCAUGUCCAGAGCUCCAGAAGACACCAGGGACAAGAGGCCGGACUUGAACUCCAGACUUCGGGAUCCGAACCGAGAAGAGAGAGACAGGGCCAAGCUGCAGGGCUACGUGGCUUCCUGGCAGAAGCCGAUUUGGAAACCGCACACCAAAGGUCACAAUGACAACGCAUACACAAAGGCCAAGUGGCUCAGGUCCUACGAUUUGGCUAAGAAAGAAGUAGAAAGUAACCGCAUAAUAGAAGAAAGGCGGCGAGGUAAUCACGAUAUGAUCGAGGAGGAAAACGACAAACAUAUAAACGAAAUAGAAGAAAAAAGAGAUAGACCAUAUACCGAAGAUAGACAACAAGUGCGGACAGAUCUAAAAGCGGAAGAUAGGUAUGGGCAACAAAGAGCGAGACAAAGGCUUGCCGCUCACGAAAAGCAAGCUGAGAGGGAAAAACAAGAAGAAAAAGAUAAGCAGGUUAAGCAAAGUGAGCAAGCAAGUCGAGCUAAGCAACGCAAGACUGGAAAACGAGAGAUUCAAACUAAAGAAGAGAGGCAGAAAAAACUAGAAGGACAGGAGAAACUGCUGGUUCACAAAGAACAUUCAAAUCUGCAAGAGAAGCAAGAUUAUGAACAAAGUAGGAAAGAAAAAAAGGUGGCAAAAGAUGGUCAAGAUAAAGAAGAUAAACAGAACAAACAAUAUGAGAAAGACAAACAGGAAAGACGGGGCGUGCAAGAUGGACAGGAGAAGCCAGAAAAGAAAAAUAAACAAGAUGAACAAGACAAACAAGAACAGAAAGAUAAACGACUAGAGCAGGACAAAUCCGUCGAACAAGACAUACAGCAAAAUAAUGAUAAACAAGAAGAACACAAUAAGUACGGCGAACAAAUUACAUUUGAAAAGCAGGAGAAACGGAAUGAACAAGCCAAGCAGGAAAAGCGAGUUAAAGAAGAUAAGCAAGGUCAACACACGGAACAAGAAAAACCAGAUAAGCAUGGUAAAGAUAACAAGCACUUAUUAAGUCAAGGUAAAGAAGAUAAUAUACAGGAUAAGCAAGCCCAGCAAGGUCAACGCGAUACGACAGAUACGCGAGAUAAAGAAGACAAACAAGAGGAUAGGAAUAAAGAAAAUAUACAAGACAAGCAAGACAAACAAGACAAGCAAGAUAAACCAGACAAGCAAGAUAAAGGAGCCAGACAAGAUGAUAAUGAUAAAGUUGAUAGACAAGAAAAGCAGGAUGAACAAGGUAAACCAGACAAGCAAGAUAAAGAAGACAAACAAAAUGCUAAAAAUGAAGAUGAGAGACAAGAUAAACAAGAUAAAGAAGUCAAGCAAGAUAAAGAAGACAACAAAGAUGAUAAAGAUAAAGAAGGUAAACAAGGCAAGCAAGAUAAACAAGACAAGCAAAAUAAAAACGAUAAACAAGAUAAAGAUGACAAGCAACAUACAGAAGACAAGCAAGAAAAUAACAAUAGGCAAAAUAAAGAAGAUACACAAGACAAGGAAGCGAAGCAGGAUAAACAAGAUGAUCAGCAAAUACAGGACGAGAAAAGUAGUCAGAAGUAA